GCGGGCGCUGUGCAGUGACGUCACUUUGUAAUGGCGGCUCCCACGGGGAGCGCACGCGGCGGGUGGCGGCGUUAACGGCAGCCGAGGCCGAGCCUUGGUCACGCCCUGACCCCGUGAUCGUGUGUCUUUUUAGGUAAAAAUGAAGUUCAGAAGAGGAGGGAGAUUUACGCCUUCUGCUAAACUGAGGCGAAAGGGUAUUGAAGUAUUGGGAAAAUGGAAAACUGUGGAAAUUGACCCCAAUCUAUUUGUUGAUGAGCAGUUUAAAGAUGUAGUGUGCUUGGAGGAGCUUACAGAGUACAAGCUAGUAAGUUCUGACAAAGUGGGGAAAGGAAACAAGCAGAAGAGAAAGUCUGAGGAUCUUUCAGAAGAUGGGAGCGAGGAGGAGGAAGAAGCUGUUGUCCCUCCCAAAAAGAAAAAGAAGUGCAAAGAUUUGAGAACCAGAGCAGAUAAAAGCAAUGAUACUGGUGCAACAGAAGUUGACAUGCCAGUUGAUGAGGAGAAAAGAUGUGAAGAAAUAGUCAAAGAGGCAAAUCAUAGGGACUGUGGGCAUAUAGCUGAGAGCACUUCAAGCACAAAAAAUGCUGCAAAGAAAAAGAAAAAGAAAGAGAAGGUAGUUAAGACUUCUCAAGCUCAGGAUGCUUUUCCGCCAGUAACUACAUCUAAGAAAGUAAAAAAUUGGACAACAGAAGUUUUGUCUACCUCAACUGAUCACAAAGCUGAUGUGUCUGCAUGGAAAGACCUGUUUGUGCCUCAGCCAGUGUUGCAGGCCUUGAGUUCCCUGGGGUUUAGUGCUCCAACUCCUAUUCAGGCGUUAAGUUUGCCUUCUGCCAUCAGGGAUAACAUGGAUGUUCUUGGUGCUGCAGAAACAGGAAGUGGCAAAACGCUUGCAUUUGCAAUUCCUAUGAUUCACUCUGUGCUGGAAUGGCAAAAAUCAAAUAGCUCAGCGAGCAUAAAUUACAGUGUUUCUAAAAAGCCCUCUCAGCAUCAUGAUGAAAUGAGAUGGGAAAAUGAUGGCGAAGCAGAAGAACCAAACCAUCAGCAGGUUGAAGAUAGUAGAGAUGAAGAUGUUGCAUCUUUUGCAACAGGCUGUGUGAAGGUGCAGGAAAACACUGAAUUUGAUUCCAGUGACAAAGAACAUACCGUUGGCCUCCAUAAAAAGAGACCUCUUUUAGGACUGGUCCUUACUCCUACAAGAGAAUUAGCUGUGCAAGUGAAGCACCACAUCGACGCAAUUGCAAAGUUUACAGGCAUUAAGACUGCUAUUCUAGUUGGAGGCAUGGCAGCGCAGAAGCAAGAACGUGUACUGAAUCGCAAGCCAGAAAUUGUAAUAGCAACCCCAGGCCGUCUGUGGGAGCUAAUUAAAGAAAGACACCCACAUCUCUCAAAUCUUCGUCAGCUCAGGUGCCUUGUGAUUGAUGAGGCAGACCGAAUGGUUGAAAGAGGUCAUUUCUUGGAGCUGUCUCAGUUGCUAGAAGUCUUAAAUGAUUCACAAUACAAUCCUAAACGACAGACUUUUGUUUUUUCUGCCACUCUGACAUUAGUCCAUCAGACUCCCACAAGAAUUUUACAGAAAAAGAAUGCUAAAAAGAUAGACAAGAAGACCAAACUUGAAAUGUUAAUGGAAAAAGUAGGAAUAAAGGGCAAACCCAAAGUGAUAGACUUAACAAGGAAAGAGGCUACUGUUGAGACUCUGAUGGAGACCAGAAUCCAUUGUGAUACAAAUGAGAAAGACUAUUACCUUUAUUACUUUCUUCUCCAGUAUCCAGGAAGAACUAUGGUCUUUGCAAACAGCAUAGACUGUAUAAAACGCCUCAGUUCUCUCCUCACAAUCUUAAAUUGUGAUCCUCUUCCUUUGCAUGCCAACAUGCACCAGAAGCAAAGGUUAAAAAACUUAGAAAGGUUUGCUGAGCGUGAGAGCUGUGUCCUCCUGACAACAGAUGUUGCGGCUCGUGGUCUUGAUAUUCCCAAUGUGCAGCAUGUCAUCCACUACCAGGUCCCUCGUACUUCUGAGUUGUACGUACACAGAAGUGGUAGAACAGCACGAGCUGCCAAUGAAGGCCUUAGCCUGUUGUUGAUUGGGCCUGAUGACUUGAUCAAUUUUAAGAAAAUUUAUAAAACCUUGGAGAAGAGCGAAGAGCUGCCACUUUUCCCAGUUGAAACAAAGUAUAUGACUGCUAUUAAGGAGCGGGUGAAUUUGGCACGGCAGAUUGAGAAGGCAGAAUUUUUCAAUGGUCGAGCAAAGCAACAUGACUCUUGGCUCCAGCAGGCUGCAGAGGCUCUUGAAGUUGAUCUCGAUGAUGACCUUUUUAUGGGCAAGUAGAAAACCUUGUAGUGGGAAUAAUCAGUUACAACUGUAGUGCUAGCGUGCAGGAGCGUGACUAUGGCACAGAAGCUGUUAAACCUUGCAGGGCAUAAGGAGAGGCAAGAGUGUCACUAUUUAGUAUGCAGUAUUGCUGGUGUUUUCAGAAUGACUGUAUAGUAGGUAGUGCUGCAGUCAGUGGGGAAGAGAGGUGUGACAAUUGUGGAAAUUCGCAGCCAAGUCUACACAGCUCAGGAAAAGAACUGUUUAACUUCUAGUAACUGUCUUGGGAUAAUCUAACAAUGUGAUGUGUGCUGUUUGAGUCCUUUCCCUAUGUGUCAAAGUAGCAGCUGUUUAUCUACUGCUUAUUGCUCCCUCCAUUUAUAGUCUGGCAGUGGGUCAGGAGCCUGGCAGUACAACAGCUCUAUCUGAAUUUUUUAGGAGUAUUCGUGUAAUUAACACUGUUUUGACACAAUCCAAAUAUUCUGUACUUUGAGAUGAAUUUCAAAACAGCCUAUCUAAUUCAAAUUACUUGUGACUCUUGAGUGAAACACUUUGUAAUUGCCACCCAGAAUCUUGCCAGUUAUUCAGUCUCUAUUUCUUGCAUAGCAUGUUGGAGACAAAUUCAAGUCUCAGUCAUGCCUCCCUUAAAAAAGAUUUCUCUCAGUGUUACAAAGCCUUUAUUAACGUCCCUUCAAUUUAUGUUACAGAUAACCUUGAUUUUGUUUGUUCUGCAGUUUAGGCUGCUGAUCCUGUUGACAACUUUGAUUCUCUUUUGUGCCCUUGCUUUUAUGCUGUUAAGUACAGAGGAAGCUUCUGCUAGAGCUAGAAGUCUCCUUUCCUUUUGUUCCUGCAAGUCUGUUCUGGCUUGAGAGCCAAGUGGAUGCUUUAGCAGAAUGAUAACCUGGAAACCUCAGUAGUGAAGUUUCUUCUUGACCUUGUUUUGUUGGUGAACAACCUAGGAGACCAGAAAUGUCAUACGUGACUGGAAGACUACAUUGGAGCUCAGUGAUCUUAGUAAGAUUAGAUUAGUAUCUGCCCCUAACACUGCAAGAGGCUGAUGAAACAGGCCAGUGUAAGUUCUUUGUGUUAUAACAUUGUCUCUGAUUUUCUUCCCAAAGGAAAAAAAAUGAGUGAGCAAGAAGAAAGCCAGAAGCAAAAGAUGCUGAAAGGAAUGAAAAAACAACUGAAACACAUGCUGUCUCAACCACUGUUUAAAGUC